GCCUCCGAUCGCUCGGAGAGUGAGAAGUCCAGCGAUGCCUCGGAGGAGGAGACUCCCAAAGAGGCGUCCAAUUCGCGCUCCAAUGAGAAGGAAUCUCCGGAACAGGAGCUCCGGCAACGCCGCAGCCUGCUGGGCCAGUUCUUGCGGCGCUCGGAGGUACAGGCCUUCUGCACGGAGGUGGAGGAGCUCGGGGACUCCGAGGAGGCGGAGACCUUGAUCUCGGGAUGUCUCAUCCGAGUCAAGGGCUGGUGGCGCAAGGGAGCUCGCUUCGAGCAGCGGCGGGCGACGGUGCGACGGAGUGUCUCCUCCGAGAACGAGGUGGAGUCGGAGCUCUUGUUUGGACGUGAUGAUGGCAGCCGUAGGAAGAUCUCUCUGCGUGGGGUGGCGGUGGAAUCUUUUGCGUUGGAAGGCCUGUUCGGCUUCCGAAUCCUGCCCUUGCCCAGCUCCUCUUCGUCUCCCAUCGAUCUGGCCACCGAGACCGGCGAUCAACGAGACCUUUGGAUGGCGGCCAUUUCCAUUGCUUCGGCUCACAAGCCCCAGGGACAUGUGGCAGGUGUUUUGCGAGUCACCCUGGUUGAGGGUGGCAUUACUCAGGACCAAAGUAUGUCCAAGCGCUUGACACUCGCGCCCAACGCCUUUUUUUGCGUGGUCUCUUGCAAUGGAAUGUGCUCCAGGACAGUGGCCAAGCGGCCCCAGAAGACGGUCGACGGUCCCGGUCCCGGCACUUCUUUGGGCAUCAUCGACUUGGGGGAAAUCUUCGAGUUUCCCAUCACCAAUGAUGAUCCGGACUCAUUGAUCCAGCUUCAAGUGUGGAGCACUGACUUCCGCCGUGGCAGCAUGCGUGGCAGGGUGGACGUGCCUCUCUAUGCCUUGGGAAGGAAGCACCAGAGGGAGAUGCAGCUGAGCUUGCGAGAUGUGGACCGGCCCAAGGGAGAGAACAGCGAAGUGGGCUUUCUAAGAGCAUGGUGUAGCUUUGAGCAGGACCUGGGCUCCUUGUUACUUCCUCGGCCCCAUAAGCCGCCGAAGGCCGCAUGGCAAACGGUGGGGAUCGACAAGGGCAUGCGCGAGCAGUUGAAAGAGCUGGAAACCUUCAUGCAGCAGUUCGAGGUGUUUUCAAGCCGCUUCAUGCAUCAUUCUGAUGUUUCCAGAAGCCUCUCACUCAAGUACAAGCGCAUUGUGCAGUGGGAUUCUCCUGGCGUGACCAUUUGUUGCCUGGUGUCCUUAACCGUUCUCAUCGGCUUCUUUCACGAAUACAUCCUCCCUGUGGCGGCUCUUGUCCUGCUCGGUGUGAUCUUGUGGUACCAUCCAGCUCGCGAAGAGGUACCGAAAUGCGAGUUCUGCGAGCCGCAGGAGCAGCCGCAGAGCUCUAGAUUGAUCUCAGGGCUCAAAGCGCAAAAGAACACGUCGGAGGGAGAUGAUGCAGAUGUGAAGGAGCGCUACGAGAACGAGCGUCGACUGGUGCUGGGGCGGUUUACCUCCAGCCGGCUUCGGCUUUGGGAUCCUCCGCCCUGGAGCGAUAGCUCGGGGCGCAAAGUGGAUCCUCCCAAGCCCUACGAGGACCGAAACGCGAGAGCUGAGAGGGUAGAGCUGGAGGAGAGGGAGAGUGGAGGUCUGGGUAGGGCCGCUGGAUGA